CAGUCCUCGGGGGUCGCCGUCGCCCGGCAGCUCGGCCGCGGCCCCAGUUCCGAGGUGGCGGCGGGGAAGCCCUGGGGCCGGGACCCCGAGGAGGGCGGGGCGCGCGGCCUCGGGGGCCGUUGUCGGCUCUGGGCGCGUCACUUCCGGCGCGUCGCUUCCGGCCGGGGGCGGGCACCUCCUUCCGAGGUGCGGCCCGCCCCCGGCCUGGCGGCCGCGGAGAACGGGGCGGAGGGACUGGGGCCGCCCCACGGCGAGGCGCUGCCCGCCCGGCCCGCGCUCCACACCGACCGGGCGGAAGGGCCUGCUCGGCCCUCCCGCGAUGCGGCCUCUCCUACACCCCAGCCUCGCGCCGAGCCCUCGGGGCGUCGGAGCCCACGCUUCGCGGCCCCCAGGCCCCUUGCCAGGCGGCCCCGCUCGUUUCCCCGGAGGCCGCCCUCUCCGGCGCGCGGUCCGCGGCCCACCUUAAACGCCGCGCGCCCUUAAGGCCCCGAUGUGAGGCGGGGUCGCCAGGUGUCGAGAAGGCGCCGCGUCCCCCGCCCGCCCUGCCCCGCCAUCUCGCCCCUUCCGCGCACCCCGAAGUCAGGCGGCCCCUCCCCGAGCCCUCCUAGUGGGGUGGGCGCCUUGUCCACGGCUGCGAGCGGCCCGCGCGGCGGUCGCCGAUGCUCGCCCCCCCCCACCCCGGCUGCGCACGGAGACCCCGCGCUGGCUGCCGUCCCGCCGCCCCGCUGCCCCCGGUGGGUGGAGAGGCCGCGGCGCGGGCAAGGGACCCCUGGUCCCGCUGCACGGCGUCCCGUUCUGCGCCCCGUCGGAGAGGAGGGGCCCGGGCGCGCUCGCGCCCGGAAGGCUCCCCCAGGCCUCUAGCUUCCGGGCUCACGUCGGGGUUUGGGGCGUCCUCGAUGCCUCUGGUCUUUGUCUAGGGGUGGGUGGCCCCUUUACGCGGAAAACGCAGUAUAAAACAAACGGUAAAGGUCGCCUCCGAUGGUCGCCUGUCGCUCUCGGGACCCGAGCCCGCCCCGCCGGCCUGCUCCCGGUCCCUGUCCUCCGAGAGGCCUCCUGGCGCGCCCCCGGGGCCUCCGCACCCGCCGCGCCCCGGCUCUGAGACCCCCCGCGAGCCCGGACUCGCCCCCCCAAAGCCCGCCUCGCGCACCCUCGCUGCCAGGCCAUCGGGAGGGGGUGCGGGGCAGCGGGCGUGGGUCGUGGCCUCGGCCCCCGAGCUUCCGGCGCGUUGUGCCCCCGAGGCGGGCACGGCCCUGGAUCGAACCCAGGACAAGAACUGCUUCUCUCUGAAAGCUGCUUGAAUCACGUGGCCUCAGAGAGAAGAGGCCGUGGCAACACAACUGGAAUCCAGGAAGGCAGCUGUGUCCACCGGCACUUGGCUUGAGCCUGCGCUCACUGGGGAGGGGCGAGUGACGGCCACCGGCCCCCCCCUCCCUGCAGGCCUUCACCCGGGAGCCGGCCCGACCCAUGCUGCCCACGGUCUGGAGGAGACAAGCAUGUCAGCCUCAGCGAAACCCUCGGCGCUGGCAGAGCUGGCCCCCGGCCCCGAGGAGCAGUCCAGAGGGAAGCCGCUCCUCACCUGGGCCUCUCUCUUCGGCCCCCGCAGCGAGAAGAUUGUUUUCAGCAGGAGCGAGGGCGCCCCCGAGGAGAACGUGCUCACCAUCACCAUCACCGAGACCACUGUCAUCGAGUCGGACCUGGGCGUCUGGAGCUCCCGGGCUCUGCUCUACCUGACGCUCUGGUUCUUCUUCAGCUUCUGCACCCUCUUCCUCAACAAGUACAUCCUGUCCCUGCUGGAAGGGGAGCCCAGCAUGCUAGGUGCCGUGCAGAUGUUGUCAACUACGUUUAUUGGAUGCAUUAAAAUAUUUGUUCCUUGCUGUUUAUAUCAGCACAAAACCCGGCUUUCUUACCCACCCAAUUUCAUCAUGAUCAUGCUGUUCGUGGGUCUGAUGAGGUUUGCAACAGUGGUUUUGGGUCUGGUGAGCCUGAAGAAUGUGGCGGUUUCCUUUGCUGAGACGGUGAAGAGCUCUGCUCCCAUUUUCACCGUGAUCAUGUCCCGGAUGAUCCUGGGCGAGUACACGGGGCUGCUGGUCAACCUCUCCCUCGUCCCCGUCAUGGGAGGCCUGGCGCUGUGCACAGCAACGGAGAUAAGCUUCAACAUCCUGGGGUUUUCGGCUGCCUUGUCCACCAACAUCAUGGACUGUUUGCAGAACGUUUUUUCAAAAAAGCUCCUCAGCGGGGACAAAUACAGGUUCUCGGCCACGGAGCUCCAGUUCUACACGAGCGCGGCCGCCGUGGUCAUGCUGGUGCCCGCCUGGGCCUUCUUCCUGGUCACUGGGCAUGUGCGGCCCCGUGCUUUCCUGAGGGUGAUCAUAGAAGGAAGACGGGCCCCCACAGGGCGUCGUUUCCCUUCCGGCACACAGGACCUGCCGGUGAUGGGGAGCAGCGGGAGCAGCUUCAGCUACAGUCAGGAUGUCGUGCUGCUGCUGCUGCUGGACGGCGUCCUCUUCCACCUGCAGAGUGUCACGGCCUAUGCCCUCAUGGGCAAGAUCUCCCCCGUCACUUUCAGUGUCGCCAGCACAGUGAAGCACGCCUUGUCCAUCUGGCUCAGUAUUAUCGUGUUUGGCAACAGAGUCACCAGCCUGUCAGCCAUCGGCACCAUCCUGGUGACGGCUGGCGUCCUGCUCUACAACAAAGCCAAGCAGCGCCAGCGGGAGGCCAUGCAGAGCCUGGCUGUCGCCGCCAGCCGAACGCCGGAGGACGAAGUGGAGCCACUGACCACCAAGGACACGAGAGUGCACCACUGAGCUCUGGAAGCCUCCGCAGGUGCCCGGGGCCCCAAGGUGCUGCCCACUGCUGCUGUCCCCCCUCACCGAUGCAGACACCCGGCCUCCUUGGGUCAGUGGGGUGCAGGAGGCUAAGGGAUGUGCCACCUUCUCUGCUCCUGUUUCGGGUUUUCAGCGAAAGCCAGUGGGGGCUCGAAAAGGGAUCCCAGAUGUCUGGCUCCUGGGGUGGAACCAGAGUCAGCUGCUGCUGAGCCACGGCCAAAUAAUGUGAAAUCUGCCUCCUGCUGACCCUGUACUGAGCACAUGGAGGGGGCUGGGACUCCCAGCCGGCCCGUGCACCCCGUCACCAGCACGCAGGUCUGGGUGCAGCCAGGCCAGGCCCUCAUUCCCUCCAUGUGUCACAGGUACUGGGGACCCCUGUGAAGCGAGAGCUGCGUCCAGGUGCCAGCAGGCACUGUUGCCCGCUGCUCGGGGCCAGCGCAGAGCGCUCAGCUUCCCGGUGUCGGCCAUCAGAGGCCUGUGAGGGCACACUCAGCUCUCAGGCCAUCUGGGGAGACUGCUCUGCUGAGACAAAGGGCCGGAGGCCACAGCAGCCGAGGGACCACAGGGCCAGGAGAGUGGCGGGAGAUCAGAUGGGCACAGAAAUCCGGGUCCCUGCUGCUGAGGGCAGGAUGUAGGGGCCUUGCCUUCCUGCCCCAAAGCUGCCAGCAUCCGACACCACUUAGGGAAAGGCCACUUGCAGAAGGGAGGGGCCCCACCCCUUUCAGGGUCUCCACUGCACUGGGCCCUCCACCCCCCCAGAAUCCCAACCCUCACCUGUGGCCGGGGCGUCCGUCAGGGCCCCCGCUGUGGGGAUUGCUGGUCCCGGGGGUGGAGGACAGCCCUCUGUGGUGUUGACCUCAGGAUGGGGCUAUGCUGACCCUCCCUCUUGUUCUCGGGGCCUUUGUGUCUAACAGGCUGUUCUGAGUGGUUCCCUGCAGGUGCCCCUGUCAUCACGCAGCAGGGUCAGGAGCCACACCAUACUUGGCCUCCAGGACAACGGUGUUAAGGUUUUCUCUCAUGAAUGAACGAGUGGCGGGAGGGCUGCGAAGAACUUGUGGAAUGUUUACAGAUUUUGUCACACUGCAUUUAAAACGACUGCGAAGUUUUUAGAGAAGGAAACCCAGGCGCGGGUGGCUUCUGGAAGGCAUCCUGUACGGCAGGUAACCCGUACCGAACCCACAGCCCGGCUCAGCCUGGCUCUCACCUCCUAGAGCGAUGGACCCACCACGCUGGGCGUCCGAGCCUGGUGUCGGGUCGAAGCCCCUGACCUCUUCACCCUGUUCCUCAUCCUCCGUCCUGCUGAGGCUUCUGUUCGGGGGACAUCCGCUGCCAGCCAGGCUUUAGUGCCUCUCGGCGGCACCAGGCUCAAGCGCUGGGGCGUGUCACGUGCAGCCCAACAGGGAGGAUGAAGUCGGCCACACGGCGUGCCCGCUGCGGCUGAGUGAACCAGCCAACACGAGCGCUUCAGGCAUGGAUGGUUCCCUCAUCUGACCCCCACCCCCGUCAUUCAGGUCCUUGGCUCCCAUCAUCUUUUCUCUGGUUUUCCAGUUGGCUUGUCAACAGGAAAAUGUAUAAAAAGGCCCGCCUGGAGAUCAAAUCUCUUGGAAACAAAGAGCAAUAAUUAAGUCUCAUUAAGUUCUGCCUACUUGAAAAAGUUUGCCAUGAUGAUGGGUUAAACUGAGGCCUUUAAAACUGAGGCCCUUUUUCUGAAGCUGACUUCCUGUGUCCAGAGGACAGGCAGGUGUGUGUUCGCCUGCAUGCCAAGCUCACCUCCACUGUGAAGAUGUUUCUCCUGAGACUUUCCCCAGGUUUCUAUCCCCUUUCCUCUCUGCUUCCUUCACAAAAAACAUGCUUCCUCCACAAAUAACACCGAAGAGGACUCACUGGAGGCGGCCUGGGCAGCGGGAUGCGCUGGCUCUGUGAGGCCCAGUGGGAAAGGACAGCUUCCACGGGGCCCUGCCUCUGCCCUCAACAAUGUGGCUGCUGCGGCCAGCUGCUUGACGGGACGUGAGCAGAGAUAGGGACACAUCUGUGGUCAUCCUGUUGCAAGACUGUCACGCUGGCCUCACAGACAUCGUCUUCUCAGUGACCGGAUAGACAGCACCUGCUUCUGAGCCUCGUUAGGGACCCAGGUCCGCGUCUCCUGUGGAACCAAGUACCCUGCACACCACAUGUGCGCCGCCUCCUGUCACACGUGGUUUUCUGCCGGUUUUGAUUUUCCAAAUUCUUGGAUCAGAGACAAAAUGAAGAUUUUCCUAAAUUAUUAGCAAAUGAGGUAGUUUCCAACAAAACUGCUUUUGAAACAUUUCCUAAGAACACAAGCUGUGGCCAGCACUGCCCUUGCCUGGGGCUGACAUUCCUUCUUCUAGGUCUCCGCCCUGAAGCUGCAUUUCCAGGACAGCCCUGCCAGGAGACAAACCCAUGGCCUGUCUUGGCCAUUUGUUUAACGAAUGUACAGAUAUCUGUUUUUCUAUUAACUUGUGUAGUAGUGUUUAUAGUAUGUUUAGAAUGCUAGAGUACGUUGCAGACAUGCUUGUUUCAUUGUUGACACUGGGUGUUGUCACUUACAUGGGUCAUUUCCUGUGUCCGUGGUCACUGUCCGUGCCUUUGUAAAGAAACACCUCAAACAGGUAUCACAUUGGCUCAUCUGCUUAUCUACAUUGAUACUUCCAAAUGUACAUAUGUCUGCCUUUCAAGGAAACUUCCACUAUGAAUAGCAUAAAAAGAUUUUUUUUUGGUUUUAAUUUCAGUAGUCAUAAUUUCCUGCUUAUCAUUAUUAAAAUAAUCUGCCCUGGAAAGCUGAGGAUAUUCUUGCACAACCCAAAAAUGUGUCUUUAAUUUGAAAAAAAUAGACAUGCUGAAUCCAAAGUGGGAAAAUACUGCACAAAGAAUCCAAUGGAGUUGUGCUUGCAGCCCAUGCUGGAAAUCAUUUUCCUGAAACCAGUGGGUUUUGCUUGUGAGUGGUCACUUGGGCAGGCCAGUAGAUAGGACAGAUGGAUAGCAUGGCUCUUUACAUCUGUCUGGGCGAUGUGUUUUCCUAAGGCCUGGAGUAUUUUCAGUUUCCCUGGCUUGGAAAAAUUAAACAAGGAUGCUACUGCAGAUAGAACUCUUCUCUUUUUGCCUCUGACCAAUGUCAUACUAAGGGCUUUAUUCUUUCACAAAAUCCAUACAUGCUCUGGUUGAGGCCUCUUCAUUUCCUUAGUUUACAAAUAAUGUCCCAGCUCCCCUGGUGAAUCUGCCUAUUUCCCUGUGUCCUGGCUGAUGAGCCAAGAGCAGAGGUGAGGUGGUGCUGACCACCCUCCAGCUCAGGAGGAAGACCUUCAACUUUGCUGUCCUUGAAGGGUUUCCUCCAGUUUUCCUGAGGGUUCUGAUUCGGAGUUUGAUGGCCACUGGAUCCAUGACCAGAUUUCCGGACGGAGUGGAAACUGUCCUAACUAGUAGAAUCUUUCCUUGUCUUUUUUUGUUUUGAGUAAAACCUGCAUUCACCUGAUUGGUGAUUUCCAGUCUUUGCAGAUGUGUGAGCUGUGUCUGAACCUGCCCAGGGAGUGUUAUGGGAUCCACGAGGAGGGUCACAGGUGACUUCCCCACACUGAAAAACUUGAAAUUUUAUCAGUAGUUAACCACGUAAGAACCAAGUGACAUCUGCUUCAUACCAAACAAAACUGUGGAGAACCGCACGUGCAUUGUACAAAGUGUGUAUAGUGUUUUUGGAUUUCACCUGUUUCAGUAUUUGGGUAGCUCAGUACUUUCUAGAAAAUGGAUGUCAAGUAAUUUAGUGAGUCACUGUUACGUCUGCUGUGGUAAUAAACUGACGCCUCUUGGCUAUUUUUGUCUAAAUUAAGCCACUGUGGUAGCAACUACCUAGGACUCUGGUUCUCCAAAAAUACAAUAAACGUUACCGUGCCCGCUGUC